UCAGCCGGUCAAAAAUAUUAUCUAUGGUCAAAAAUGAUCAAAACAGUUAAAAGGAUAUGUUCUUAAAAAGUUAGAUUAUCAUAGUCUAUGAUGAAAGUAUAUACAAUCAAAAAGUAAAAGAAGGAUCUGAAAACUCGAAAUAGAAUGGAUUUAGUUUACCGAAAAGUUUUCACUAAAUUAACAACGGAUGUAUUCAAAAGAGGUUUCCAAAUACGAUUUUAUCCGCGUUGGCAACAUAGGACUCCACGACGAGUCUAUUCAGCAGAUGAAUAUGCCGAAAUUGAGUUACAAGAAGUCAUAAAAAGUAAACAAAUAGAAAUAGAAAAGCCAACAAAAUUUUCAUUUUCCAACCGAGAAGAUAGUAAAAAAGAUCAUAGUGAAGACACAUUAAACUUAAACUCACAAAAUAAACAGAAAAAGAAAAUUAAUAGACCCAAACAAGUGAUAAAAGAGACAACUACAACAGAUAUGUUGAGUACUUCAAUUGAUGCUGAAGGCAAUUUUAUUUAUAGCAAAGCAAAAAAUAAUGAUCCUCAAGUAAGCUCUAUUUUGACCACAGUCAAAUCACACAAGCACAAGAAAAAAGAAGGUCUAUCUCUUUUAGAAGGCAAGAGAAUGAUAGUGGAAGCUCUGAAAGCUAACUGCUCACUUAAAUAUCUACUUUUUAGUAGAACAAAAGAUGUAGAAUGUAUAAAAAAAUAUUUACCAAAAUUUGGAGUAAAAAUUCUAAAGGUGCCCUAUAGAGAAAUGCAGAUGUGGUCUGAUUUAGUUACCACUCCAGGAAUUAUGGGGAUUAUUAAGCUGCCAAAAGUGGAUGAAUACAAUUCUCCCUCAAACUCUUUACCACUGACAAUUAUUUGCGAUAAUAUAAGAGAACCUGGUAAUUUAGGGGCCACUUUAAGAAUAGCAGCUGGAGUAGGUGCAGAAAAAGUUAUAUUAACUAAAGGAUGUGUUGAUCUGUGGGAGACAAAAGUUCUAAGAAGUUCCAUGGGAGCACACUUUAAACUUCAAAUACACUCGAAAAUGGAUUGGCCUAGUAUUACAAAAAUUUUAGACAGCAGCUCUCAUUUAUUAAUUGCAGAUAAUCAUAUAGUUACAGAAGCAGAACAUUUUGGAAAAGUAAAUAAAGCCGAUGAAUUAAAAGAAAUAAUUCAAUCUAUUCCGUUGCUGCCUUAUUAUAAUUUAGAUUUUUCAAAAAUGAAUCCAUUAGUUCUUGUAAUAGGGGGUGAAACUGAAGGUAUAAGUGAGGAAUCAUUUAAGGCUGCUGUUAAGUAUAAAGGAGUUCGGCUUAAUAUACCUUUAAAAAAUGAUGUAGAAAGUUUGAACACAGGUUCAGCUUUGUCUGUUAUAGCUUUUGAAAUUUUGAAGCAAUUUGAAUGUAAAACAGAUGAUUUUAGUAAAUUAGAAAAGCUUGUUGUUUAAAUAUGACAUAAAAAAUCAAUAAAUUGAGUUAGAAUAUUGUUUAUUGA